CCCUUCGCCCGCCUGGCCUCCCCAGGCGGUGGGUGUUUAGCGCCAGAGAAAGGCUGGGAGUGGCGUUCAGCCAAAGGGCUUUGCGGCCCCCGAGGCAGACACAGCACAGGCGUCCGAGGAGCCUCCUGUCCUGGCCAGAGCGCCUUUUCCCAGUUCUUGCUGUGCUUAGAUUUAAAUUAGGAGUUCAGGGAAAGAAAACUGUGUAUACACUUAAGUUCAGAGUCGGAGAAGUGAAUGGGAUCCCUUAGGGGUAGAAUGGCACGCUCGAUCCUUGAGAAACCUGGACCCAGUGUGGUGACAGAGGUGCCCAUCGGCUGGUAGCGGCGGCAUCGCCUUUCCCGCCGUAGGACCAGGACGAACCUGUCACCACUUCCCAGGUGCCGGGACUGACGCCACAGCCGGAGCCCCUUAGAAAAUGCGAUGUUCUGAAUCGUGGAUUUUCCGGUUACAACACCCGCUGGGCCAAAAUCAUCCUUCCGAGAUUGGUGGGGAGCAGGGACAGCCCUGCAGUGGUGACCAUUUUCUUUGGCGCCAAUGACAGCUCUCUGAGAGACGAGAACCCCAGGCAGCACGUCCCCCUGGAGGAGUACACGGCCAACCUGAGCGCCAUGGUGCGGUACCUGCACUCCGUGGGCGUCACCGAGAGCCGUGUCGUCCUGGUCACGCCACCCCCACUGUGGGAGGCCGCCUGGGAGGAGGAGUGCGUGGCGCAGGGUCACAGGCUGAACCGCCGGAACUCAGUGACCGGCGAAUACGCCAGGGCGUGUGCACAGGUGGCCCACGACUGCGGGACGGAUGUCCUCGACCUGUGGACCCUGAUGCAAAAGGACGACCAGGACCUCUCCGCCUACCUAUCAGACGGACUCCACCUGUCACCAGAGGGGAACAACUUCGUGUUCUCACACCUCUGGCCCCUGGUGGAGAAGAAGGUGUCUGGCCUGCCUCUGCUGCUCCCGUACUGGAAGGACGUGGCCGAGGCGAACCCUGAGUGCAGCCUGCUGGGGCAGGGUGGCCACUCGUCUGCCACCUGAGCCGCUCAGCGCCAGGCUGAGGGCACAGCCCAGGGAGGCCGACUGCCCCAUUGUGCCAAGCCCAGCCAGCGCUCCUGGCCCUGGAUCCCAGACACUUCACAGCGCCACCCCUGGUAAUAAACGCGCAGGGCCACUCAGGGAA